UCAAGGCUGGAUCCAAUUUGCCAGCGAGCGAGCGAGCGGCGGCGGCGGGAGGAGGAUGCCGAGGGGCGAGGCGGCAGCAGCGGCGUCUCCGUGGGGCUGAGGUUGAGGCUGCCCGGCGCGCCAUGAAACUCUACUGCAAAGUGGUGGCCCUGGCGCUCUGCCUGGGCAUCCUGCUCUUGCUGUACCUCUUCGUGGGCGACGCGGACGAGCCGCCGUUGAAAGUUGCGAAGGGAAGCCCCGCGGCGCUCGUUCCCUCCGGGCCGGGGGCGGACGCGGCCCCAGCACUGCGGGCACGUUUCCGAGCCGUCCCGCCUGCAGAGGAGGAAGAGGCAGCUCAGGUUUCCAGGCGGGAGCCACGUCUCCACAGAAAGCCAGGCAAGCGGAGCGCGCCGAAAAGGAAGUUCGCAAACGCGAGGAGACCAAAGGACCAGAAACCAUCUACAGUUCAGUUCUCAUCUCCACAAUGGAUGCAUCUGGCGGUUGUAGCAUGUGGGGACCGGCUGGAAGAAACGCUCAUCAUGCUGAAAUCAGCAGUUCUGUUCAGCAACAGGAAACUCAAGUUUCACAUCUUUGCUGAAGAUUCCUUGAAACCUGAGUUUGAGAAGAAAUUACAGGACUGGCCUCUGUCUUACACAAAGAAGUUUGAGCAUAAUGUCUACCCAAUUGCCUUUUCAGUAGGAAAUGCUCAGGAAUGGAAAAAACUAUUCAAGCCAUGUGCUGCCCAACGCCUCUUUCUUCCGAUGAUUUUAAAAGAUGUGGAUUCUCUUCUGUAUGUGGACACAGAUGUCUUGUUCUUACGGCCCAUUGAUGAUAUCUGGGGCUUUUUGAGAGCAUUUAAUUCUACGCAGCUGGCUGCAAUGGCACCAGAACAUGAAAUACCAAAGAUUGGCUGGUACAGUCGAUUUGCUCGUCAUCCUUAUUACGGAACGACUGGGGUCAAUUCUGGUGUCAUGCUGAUGAAUUUAACCCGUAUAAGAAAUGCCCAAUUCAAGAACAGCAUGAUACCAACAGGCUUGACAUGGGAAGAAAUGUUGUACCCUUUAUACCAGAAGUACAAAAACUAUAUUACAUGGGGAGACCAGGACUUGCUUAAUAUUAUUUUUUCCUUUAAUCCAGAGUGUCUCUAUCUGUUCCCUUGUCAGUGGAACUAUCGGCCAGAUCACUGCAUGUAUGGGAGUAACUGUAAAGGAGCAGAGGAAGAAGGCAUAUCUAUUCUCCAUGGGAAUCGGGGCGUCUACCAUGACGAUAAGCAGCCUACUUUCAAAGCACUAUAUGAAGUGAUACGCGAUUUUUCCUUUGAAGACAAUCUCUUCCAAUCAAUGUACUACCCUCUCCAGUCAAAGUUCCUUGAUACUGUACACACUUUAUGUGGCCGAAUUCCACAAGUUUUUCUGAAACAGAUUGAGAAAACCAUGAAGAGACUCUAUGAAAACCGAGUGGUUGUCCACGUUGGGGCCAAUUUUAGAUUGUAGUUAUAGCAAUAUAUUUCAAUAUGUCCUCACCUUUUUAUCCAGACCUCUUGAAGAAGGUUAACUAAAGGGGGAAAUGGUUUAGACAAUUGCAAUUUAAGCAAAAUUAUCAGGAUAUAUUUGGAAGAUUUUUUUUUAAUGCUGAAUACAAUUCAUGAACUUGCUGAUAUAGUUGAAUAUGGCUUAAAAAUCUAAGAAAUUCCAUUAGUAGCUGUCAGACUUCUUUGGAAAUAAUUGUUAAAGUGUUCAACUUUUAUGUUUUUUUUUUUAUGAAGUUUACCAAGCACUGUGUCUGGGUUAAUUCCCGCUGGAAUGAAGGCCCCUCUUCAGAGGGAAAAUAAGACGGUCAAAAUUUAGCCUGCGGUGAUAUACUAAUUCAGUGGUACUCACUCCACAGCUUGUGGAGAGCCACGUUUGCAAUGACCAUCAAAAAGCCGCAUGACUAUUGCAUGCCCUGUGUGCCAGCCCACCAAACACAAACAUACUAUAAUAUAACUAUUAGUAUUAAAUAUAUAACAGUAACUUUUUACUUGCCAGAGUUCCUCUGGGCAUGUAGAGUUGUCUCUUUCCACCACUGUUGAAAAGGUCAGGCCAUGAUCAUUCUGAAGCCAAUGCUUCCAGCUUGCUCAGACCAGGGUCCCACAGUGGAAGACUUUGUGCUCUGUUUCCAUUGCUGCUUUUUUUUUUUUUGCUUUGCUCCUGGUGCUAGGCUGGCAGCUCAGGUUAGCGAGAUGACCUAAGCUACUCUGCCUUGUGCCAGAGAAAGAGCAAGAAGGGAAUUAAAGUGUGCUUUGAUUUUUGCACUGCGGAAACCUGCUCUGAGCUAGCCAGCCACACUGUGAAACAACUCUUUGUAAGAAGUCCCUGCCAUUGUUUACUUCUUUGCCUUCUUGCUCCCUCCCCAGCAGGAGGCACAGCAGCUCAGGAGAGCGAGCAAGAGGGCCAAGGAGCCGGGCCAGAGAGAAUGCAGAGUGAAACCACCACCACCCUAUUGUGGCUAGCUUGUUCUUUUCCUGGCUGCCUGGGCUGCCUGCUGCUGUGGUGGUUGGUGUGUAAUCGCUUUUCUCUGCAGUCAGCUGGCUCACCUGGCAACUACCUGGGUGCUGCGAUGAGAGCAAGGAGGCUGCAGAGAAGGGUUUUGCGGGAGAGGACACCCCAUUACUUCUACCCCUUCACCCCACAGCACAAGCCCACAGCUUAGAGAGAGUUGCAGCUUGCCUAUCCUCCUGUGGUACCUGAAGAGUCACAGAUGGCAUGUCAAAAGCUGUGAGCAUCACUGUUUUGGUUUGACCUUUUUCUUUUCAGCUGUCCAUGAAAUCUAAUCACAGAAACUGGUAAAUUCUGGAUUUCUCCUUGAGAGGAGCACUGUUCUCUCCAAAGCCAUUCCUUGCUUUUGAAAGUAAUGCACUUUAUCUCACUCAAGGACCCAGGGCAUACUUGACCAUAUCAUAAAGCAACACUGCUGAAGCUAAGCAGAUCUGUGUGUGGUCAGUUCCUAAGGACCUCCUAGGAACUCCAUGUAUGCCACUUUAACUCUACAGUGGAAGAAAGGCAAGAUAUAAAUAUACUAGGGAUGAGGAAAGAAUAAAUUUUCUCUAAUUUUUUACUUCCUAGAAGUUAGCAGCAUUUUGGAUCUGGGUCCUUUUCAUUCUCCACCAGGGCUAUGAACAAUGGUGGGCAUUGGCCGCAUUCUGUUGCCCAUGUGAUACAAACAUUACCAGCACAUCAUUGGAGCCAGCUACAGGCAUAUCACUUUGCCAUGGAAAGCAUAGUGUAAUAGUAUCAUAUUGGUUAAUAUGUAGGCUGCUUGCAUAGCAACAGACUUGCGGAGAAAAGUAAAAGUCAGAGGAACGUAACAUGGCUGCAUGCUUGCAAGCUAGCAUACCACUGCCAUUUUAGCACAGGCUGUUGUUAUAGUUUAGGUGCCCUGAGUAUAAUGCACUUAAUGGCAACAGUCUACCUGGAACUACUAUUAGUAUAGGCACACAGAUAGGGCUACACCACUAAAUCUGGAGAGUGGAGCCAAAUCAGUGGUUUGUCGAAGGGCAUUUCUGACAACCCACGACAAACCGCUAUGAUUUUUAGCCUGGUUUGUUUUUCGGUUAGUCACUGCAGACAGUCUGGCACUAAUCAAUCAGUUUUCUAGGCAACCAGGGAUGGGGCUUUCUGCAGACCUGCUGCUGCCCUGAAAGUAAUGUUUUCACUAACCAGUUUGUGAACUGGGCAAUUUCAUGCUGGUUCGUGAAAUGCAACGAAUCACAACAAACCGCCAUUUUCCCGGUUCGUGCUCAUCUCUGAGGACUCAAGCAUCCUGAUAUAGCAAUCCUCUUUCAUGCUCAUACUUCCUCCUACAUAUUCUGCUACACAUUUUUUUAAGUAAGAGACCUACUCAGUCUUAUAUAUAUGGAAUCCUCUCUAGGAACUUCCUGCGCUUGGGUAGCUAAGAAAUCCCAUGCUGAUUAGCCAAUUCAUUCCUUGGUAUAUAAGAUACUGCCUUGUGAAAUGACUACAGUGUCAGUGCAGUACAGACAUUCUGUCUAUCCUCUCAGACUGGUCAGGAGCCAACUUGCAUUUAAGGGCUUUUCGUGCCUGGAGAAGGUGAGCACACAAUCUUCUGGCCCUUUGUACAGAGAGCUGUUUUCUUUAAAGUUUCAUCAGCAUUGGUAUGACUCUGACAGGUUGUUUUUUUUUAAAGCAGAGUUAUCACUUGCGGGUGAUGUUCAGCUGUGUACGGAAAAUCAUUUCUGUUACCAAAGGCACUCAAGCGGUAAGGGUCAAGCAGUGGUGAUAAACCAUUACAUGACAGUGUUAAUGAUAAGUAUUAUUGAACAAUACAGUAUUCUGAAGUAUUAUCUCUUAUGGGAGGGGAAAAAACCCACUCUUUUCCUCUGAGUUUACACAAUUAAUGAAAACAGCAGCUACUGUUGGUGCUGUUUCUUUACCCCGAGUGGAUAUGAUUGUGUAUGGACCAAGUAGGGCUUGUCUAUCAAAGCUCAUCACAAAACAAAUUAGACAGUGUUUGAAGUCACUUCAGUCACCAUUCAAUGCAGACGUAAGUCCAUAAACCUCAAAAGGCUUAAGGGAAAUGUAUCUGUUAGAUUGUGAUCUUUGUCAUCCUUGUUGCAUCAUAUUAACAGGAUAACUUUUCUGAAAUUUGUUUCAAGUCGUUAUUAAGAAUGGAAGUGAAGAUUCAUCAUACAAGAAUAACUAAAUUAUGGAGCACUGUGUCUGGAAAAGGUGUGACCUUGUCAUUCCAUCUGUGGAAGGCAGUACCUGCUGUGACUCCAGAAUACCUUAUUGUAUAUUUAGUAAGGAAGAAAAUUAAGUCUCAUUUUCUGAAGUGGAGUUAACAUAAGCCAAGACUUCUUUGUAAUGGUAACAUUUUUCUAGGCACCAUCGUUUCAUAUAGAGUGGCAAAAUAUUAUUUGGCAAUCAUCUCUUUGUCUUUAAUAUCUGUGUCGUCUGCAGAACUACAGCUAUUGGUGAAAAUAUGGCCAAAUUAAAACCAACCUUGUUAAAAGUCUGUUUCUGUGGGCAGCAUUCAAGUCAUGUCAUAGAAUGUGUGGAAAUGUCAUUCGGUUGAUGUGUACAUUUCUUUCAGAAACACGGGGUGAGAUUUUAGAACAAAUUCAAAACGUGUGCAUCUUUCUGAAAUAAGAGUUUUGAUCCUUCUUUUGAUUUUUAACAUUUUGUAUAUCUCAAGAUUUCUGGGUGACUUCCAAGAGCAUUCCUAUGUCUUUAAAGAAAGCUUUGAAUCAAGACUUGACCUCAAAAGCUUUGAAGCUUGCCGUGUUCAAGGUGACGUAGUCUUUGAUGCUUCCCUUUGCAGACAGACAGUGUGUGUAGUGGUUAGAGUGUUGGAUUAGGCUUUUUAAGCCCAGGCUGAAAACCCUACUCUUCCAUGGAAGCUUGCUGGGUGAGUUUGGGCCAGUCACACACUCUCAGCCUCAACUACCUCACCAGGAUAUGAGGACAGAAUGAAGGAGAGUAGAACUAAGUGAACUAUUCUGAGUCCCCAAUGGGGAGAAAAGUGAGUUAGAAAUAAUGUUCAUAAAUUAAUAAAAUUAAUUUAUGAUCCACCUCUUCCCUUGUGUGGAUUGGCAUGCAGUAAUGUGAGAAACAAUAGAGAUGAGAACUGAAGCGAGAACUCAACUGAAACGAAGUAGCUGAGGCAGGUCACAUCUCUCCCACUUUCAGGGUCAAUUCUUUGAUGCAGAACAGGCAAUGCUGACUUUGACAGACCAAAGGUCUUACUUGGUAUCAGGCAGCUUCAUGUGUUCAGUCUAUGUAACUUCAUCUUCAGAAGUUGAGUUCCACAUGCACCAUUACAAUAAAUUAGAAGAGAUGAGUUCUGCAUAAUGAAGGAGGCAAAGAACUGGAGCCCUUGUAGAAGAAAGUGUUCUCUCUAACAGCGAUUGAUAUGUUUACAGAAGUUGCAAUGUUGUAUUGAGUGUAUACACUUGUUUUUGUUUUAACUUCUACCAGAAAGUAUAUUUUUUUCAAUACCUCUAUUCGAUUUAUGAAGGAGUUGAUUUAAUGUGGAAACCAGUAUCUGCACAAUAAUCAUGGAAUUCAGCAAGAUGUUUUGUCUCUGUACAUUUUAUUCUUUUUUUGUGAGGUGCACUGUAAAAUUCUUAAUGGAUUUUUUAAAAAAAUAACUAUGAAUAUGUUUACACUUUAAUGCUCUUUCAUUUUAGAAUAGUAAUUUAUAUAUUGCUGAAACUUUCAGAACUAUGUCACAUUACAGUUUUAACAGUAGUUUUGCUUUUCCAUCUUAAUAUUAUUCUAUAUGUUAUAGUCAAUAAUGUUUUCUUUAAAAUAGCCAUCAUUUAUUUUAAAAUACUGGACCUGUACCAAUAUCUAUAUCAUUUUGUUUAUAUAUAUAUAGAGAGAGAGAGAGAGAGAGAGAGCAUUAUAUUCUGGACUAUGAUACAGUUGCUGGAAAAACAUUUGCUAUGAACUGACUUGUGUGUAACUUAGAGAGAUACACCAUCAGAAUAGCUAUAAAUAUAAGGCUAGUAGACUGAUGAACAAUAUUAUAUUAACUCAUAAAUAAAUAAAGUAGUCCUAUGCAAAAAAGGUAACCCUAGUUAGAGGCCUAGUGACUAUCUCAGAGGCUGGUGCCAAGGUCUUACUUGCAGGCUCUGGCAGGGUGGCCUCUAGCACUGCUGGGGUGUGGUUGGCAGGUGCCUCUGCGGUGUCAAGCCCUCCCUGAUCACUCUGGUCCUCCCUGAUUACCUUGUUGGAUCCCAAACCAUCAAAUAAUUCUUCAUACAGGUUUGUCAAGGAACCUUUCUCCAUUUACCUUCCAGUGCUAUGAUUUAAAAUAUCUAAAGGAUUUGGCUUCACUCAUAGAUCCUCAGCACAUUAUGGAAAAAUAGACUAAUAGCACUCCUCUGUGGCACUAGACCUCACAAUCCAGUAGUGCAAUUGAACAAAAGCUUUGGUUCUUAGGCUCACGAUCGAAGUCAGUGAUACUUGCUUCAAAGAUAUACCUGUUAACAGAAAGGUGACAAUGGCUGUAUUUCAUACUAAGGUUAAUCCACUAAAGACGUGGCCAUGUAUACCUGUAGUGGUUGCAUGUGGCAAAGUGAUUCAGAUUUCUGUACAAGUGGAAAAUGGAAAUGUCUUUGUGUAUGUAUAAAUGCAUAUGUGUUGGUGUGUCUGUAGGGCAUUACAGUCAAUGUCAUACCACUCCAGUGUCUUUUUGUUGUUGUUUGACAAGUGCACCAUAUGUUUAUAGCUCCUAAGGAGGUAAUUACAGUGCAUUUCAGUCAUUUGCAAUUUUAGUCUUUUAGUGUAAAUAAAUGAACU